CUGACAGUUUAGAGUGUGAAAACCAGAGAGAGAGAACAAUGGUUGCAUUCACAUGGAUUUACACUUUUUUUUUUCUGGUACUGGUGCUUCAGUUUACAGUGACUGUCCAGACUCUGAAAUCCUUCAAUGUCACAGUCGGAGUUAGCGUCCAGCUGCCUUGUAAAAGUCUGACAGAUGAUCAAUGUAAAAGUGUGACCUGGCUCCUGAGUCACUCAGACAACACAACAACACUGUUUGAAGACGGGAAGAUUAGAGCUAAUUCAGACCAGCUGUAUGUUGCAUCUGACUGUUCUCUGAAUAUAAAGACAGUCAGCCUCGAGGAUGCUGGUCUUUAUACCUGCAGACAGUUCAGAUCAGGACAACAACACGGUGAAGACACUGUGUAUGAUCUGUCUGUUGUUGACAGUAAGGACACAAAACCAGGCACAAUUAAACCAACGACAACAACGACAAUUAAAUCAACAUCCAAAAGAACAAGCACAUCAAAAACAACAACAACAACAACAAAGGCAACAAGCACAAAAGCCAGGACAAACACAUCAGCAACUGCAACCAACGACCCACCAACAAAACAAGUUUGGAGAUGGUGGUGGUGGGUCAUCAUUGCGUCUGUGGGUUCAGCAGUGCUCAUAAUAACUGCUGCGGUGCUCAUCAGAUGGAAGAGAGCUAAAGGUAAGAGAACGCCAAUGGAUGAAAACAUGGCUGAUCCUGCAGAUGGUGUCUGCUACGCCUCCAUCAGCUACUCCAAGACGACCAACAGUAAUGUCCAGGUCCAGGAUAAAGAUGAUGAUGAUGAAGAUGAUGCCGUGACCUACAGCACUGUGAAAGCUUCUUCGUCUUCUGCUGGAGCCUCUGCUGAUCCCAGUGACCUCUACGCUACUGUCAUCAAACCAAAGAGAUAAUAUGUUAUUUAUUUAUCGCAACAUGUUGUUUUGAUAACAAUUGCAUGGUUUAUCAUGCAGUUGUCACGUGAGUCUUUGCAGAGUAACGUGGUGUUAAGUUUCCUUUUCCUGAUGUCAGACCUUUUUUGUGACGUUAAUUCUCAUUUAUGUUGUUUUUUUUUUCAAGGCUUGCCUACACAAGCAACAAAAUACACAACCUAGAAAUGAGCAUAAUAUGUCCUCUUUUAGCCUGUUUAUCUGUUUAUGUGUCCAACAAUUUAGGAGUACCUGCUCUAUGUUGUGCCAUUCUUUGGGUCCUCCCUAAUGCCUGUGUACGAUAAACCCUCUGGGUAUGAUGUAUUUUGUGGGAUUGAUUUAUGUGUAUAUAACUACCUAUGCAAGUACUUGUGACUUACUGUAAAUACAUGACAUUUUUGUAACUAUCAUUUUUAGGAGUUCAGUCUAAGUCGUAGUAGUCGUAGUCGUAGUCAGUAUUGAGGUGUUUCCUAAUCCUUAACCCUUGAUAUAAAUAAAAAAUAAAUAAAUAAACUUGUAAUGUGUUA